AGGACUAAGGUUUAAUUCCCAGAACCCACACUGCAGCUUGCAACCAUCUGUAACUUUAGUUCCAGGAAGACUUGAUGUCCUCUUCUGGGGUCUGCAGACACAUGGCACAAAGACAUAUAAGCAGACAAAUACCCAUACACAUUAAACUGAAUUUUAAAAAACUCUUUCUUGGACCCACCCUUGAUUAAUGAAUGUCCCUAUUCAAGUCCUCAUUAAAAAUCACUGGUAUUUGCUAUUAUUCAAUAUUAUGUCAAGAGUGUAUAGAUGUUAUUUUAGCAUCUUAGGGUAGUGACUUGACCAUAUUCAUCUCUGUAUCGCCUAAGUUCAGUAAAAAAAAAAAAAAGUAUUGAGAGAACAUGCUUUUACACAGCAAGUGAAUGAGCACAUUCCUGACUAUAGGUGUGUAAUACGUCUUGCUACUUAAUUAACAAGACAAUAAUUAUGUUUCUGUUUUUAGAGUAACAAUAACAAGGUAAGAGUGAUCUGUGAGGCAAACCUAGAAAGUAUAGGAAAUAAGGCAAGAUAAAUGUCAAUCAAAGAUAGACAUACCUGUAUGGGUAUGAAGGAGGGUACAUGGCACUGGAGAAGAAAUAUCAGAGGCCUUAGAGAAACCACUUCUUGAAGAAUAUGAUGAUGCUUUAGCUAGAUUUUUAAAGGCUUGAAGUAUGAAGUCACUAAAAAGAAACAAUGAAAGAAAGACCAGAAUGGGCAAUGAUGGAUCAAUAAAAGCAAGUCCAUGCAGUGGAGACAAUUAGAGAAGACUAGUCUGUAGGAUUAUAUGUAGCUCUGUAUAAGGAUCUUCAGCUCACUGAGAUCUAAGGGAAGAACGUAAACUGAUUGUCAAGUGCUACAAGUUCCUAUGUAGGCAGUUCACAGAGUCUUCCUUCAUUCUGCCCUCUCUCCCCCUCUUCUCUGCACUGGAAUACACUGUCUGUCUUGUUCUUAGGUGCUGGACAUACUUGUUCCUUAGGAAAUUUAUUUGCCAUCUCUGAUGCUUCUUCCCAAAACACUCUUCCCCAGAUAAUUCCAUGGGUGUAUCCCUCACUUAUCUCUCCAAUAUCUCCUCCAGGCAGCUUCACCUGAGGCUUCAAGUCCCUCCUCCUGAUAUUAACAUGUUCUUUAUCCUCUUCAUUUUUUCUCCUUAUGGCUACCUAGCAUUCUUUUUAAUUUGUACGUUAGUUUAAUUUCAUUUCAGCCACUCUAAUCAAAAAGUAUACUUCAUAACCCUGGGAAUUGUCUCUAUUUUGCUUAUGAAAUUACAGGCUCUUGACAAACACUUUUUGAAUGUGAAUGAAUAAAUAAUACAUGAGAUUCUGCAUCUAACUUUAUCAGUAUAUGAUAAUAUAGACCAAAGAUUCAUCUUUGCCCAUGGCACAGGUAUAAAAAUAAGUGACUUCAUUAUAUCAGGGGCUAUGUUUAAACUGCAAGAGAAGUAGGAGAGAGCUAUGGAGACAUGAAUGAACCUAUUUUGAGUUAUGGAACUACACUUUAGUGUACCUACUUAGGGUUUCAGGUCAAUGUGAACACCAACAGUUCAAGGAUCGUGACUAUUCCUACGUUUUGCCUGCUGUGUCUAGCAGAUCAGAUAAUGAGGAAACACUAACCUUGUGGCUGACUGUGGAAAUUAGAUCAGCUCAGAGGAGUGGAAACACGUGUUUGUUGUCAAGAAACUCACAUGUGUCAUUGCGGGAAUGGUGGCAGUGACCUUGGCCCUUUGAGAUUGUUUCCCUAGACAGGAAAAGCAGGAAGCCUGUGAGAGCAGCACACGAGUGGACAUGAGCGUUUUGUUCCUCUGUCUGCCAGAUCCCUAGAGCAUCAGCUGUUAUUCCCACACCCUGUUCCCUGAGCCUACUGAAUAGCGUUAUAAAGAGACCUGGUCCUGAAAGCGAAAGCCAGAUCCAGCUGCCCUCCUUGAGCUGCAUCAUUCUCAGGCUGCCAGUGUGACCUCACCCUCUCGAGUCCUCCCCACUUGGUAUCAGCGAUGAGCUCCUGCAACUUCACACAUGCCACCUUCGUGCUUAUUGGUAUCCCAGGACUGGAGGGAGCUCAAUUUUGGUUUGGCUUCCCCCUGCUUUCCAUGUAUGCUGUGGCAUUGUUUGGAAACUGCAUCGUGGUAUUCAUCGUGAGGACAGAGCGGAGCCUGCAUGCACCCAUGUACCUUUUUCUCUGCAUGCUAGCAGCUAUUGAUCUGGCUUUGUCCACAUCUACCAUGCCCAAGAUCCUCGCCCUCUUUUGGUUUGAUUCCCGGGAGAUUACUUUUGAUGCCUGUCUUGCCCAGAUGUUCUUCAUUCAUGCUCUAUCGGCAGUUGAAUCUACCAUCCUGCUGGCCAUGGCCUUUGACCGUUAUGUGGCCAUCUGCCACCCACUGCGUCAUGCUGCUGUGCUCAACAAUACAGUGACAGUCCAAAUCGGCAUGGUGGCUCUGGUCCGGGGAUCCCUAUUCUUUUUCCCACUCCCACUGCUGAUCAAGCGGCUGGCCUUCUGUAGCUCCAAUGUGCUCUCCCAUUCCUAUUGUGUCCAUCAGGAUGUGAUGAAGUUGGCCUAUACAGACACAUUGCCCAAUGUAGUCUAUGGUCUAACUGCCAUUCUGCUAGUCAUGGGUGUAGAUGUCAUGUUCAUCUCCUUGUCCUAUUUUCUGAUUAUACGAACAGUUUUGCAACUGCCUUCCAAGUCAGAACGAGCUAAGGCAUUUGGGACCUGUGUGUCACACAUUGGUGUGGUUCUAGCUUUCUAUGUACCACUCAUUGGCCUGUCAGUGGUACACCGAUUUGGAAACAGCCUAGACCCCAUUGUACAUGUUCUCAUGGGAGAUGUCUACCUGUUGCUGCCUCCUGUGAUCAAUCCCAUCAUCUAUGGUGCUAAGACCAAGCAGAUCAGAACACGGGUGCUGGCUAUGCUCAAGAUCAACUGUGACAAGGACAUUGAAGAUGAAGGAAACACGUGACCCUUACCAUUCCAUCACCCUUGUCCUAGAUAGCUUAAUAUAGUAAUUUAAUCAUACCUGCUUAAUUCCAGUCACCCACAGCACAUUAGUGCUUUUCCCUGAAUGGGAUGGUGAACUAAAGUAUGAUUUAUCUUCAUCAUGGAUAUAAUGUGAAAUAAUCUAUAUCAAUGAAUAUUGUGUGGUUGAAAAACUUUCCUAUAAAAUGAGGCACGUUGAUAAUAUUAAAUAAAGCGACUAGGAUUUGUGAUUUAAACUAACUGAUCAUGUUUGUGACUUGGAUGAAAUAUGUUCAAAUAUGACUGUGUCUUAUUCCUACUCUCUUUGUCGUGAAGCUAUUGUUCAGUUGUUAUGUGUAACUUCUAAAAUGCAGAACAUGAAGCUGACAGUAUAGUAACCAAGGCUUGCCUCAUCCACUUCAAGUUUAUUAUUCACUACCUAGAAACAUAUCCAAGCCCUAAACAGUAAUGCUUAUGAAUGUAUCAUGUAUGCUUAACAUGUUCCAGGCCCCAUGAUAAGUGUUUUUCAGCCUUUCUGUGAUCUCAUCCUUUUUCCAGAGUAGGUACCAUUUUUGCCCAUCACAAUAUGUGAUAGAGGCUUUAAUGAGCAAAGAAAGUUUCUUGUAUGUGCUGUGCCAAGAUUUUAAAUUAAAUUUGAUAGUUGAAUACAUUUGCUUUACUACUAUGUUAUAUUGCUUCCUGUUUAACAUCUGCCAUCUAUUUCCUCUGCUUGUUACAAAUCCUGUUUUCUCUCUGUUGUGUGCUAACAUGGAUGUCUUUGUGUUUGAACUAAGUGAUUAGCCUUGUCCUAGUUGAGGACAAGCAGAGUAGCCUGCUUCUUCUCAGAUGAAAGGAGGAGCUUUUAAUCUUUUAGUCUCUUACAGAUCCAUGAUUGAUUUUGUCUUCUCUGUAUCGUGUCCUCUAUCUGUCAACUCUUUUGAAUGUGUAACAUAUGAUGGUGUCUGAGUCUUGACUUAGGUGUCAAACAACAUAAUAAUUUAUCUUAAAGUGUUCAGUGUUAUUCCUACUGUUUCUAUGUUUGUAGAAUCCUAUAGUGUAAUGUUGAGAGAUAUGAGACCUCCCCCAGUCUUCUUUACCUUCAGUGCAAAGGACCUUCCAGGUAUGGCUUGCACAACUGAAAAGAUGUUGAAUGAACUUAUCUCAUGUAGAAUGUUCCCUUUGUAUUGAGUGGGAUGAUGAAAAGGUUCUAGAAAAGGUAAUGAUACCUACGGAAUAAUGUUAAUAUAUUCAGUGUACACUUAAUGCUUAAAAUGGUGAAAUUUAUGUAAUAUGUAUCUGCCACAAUAAACAAUCAUUUAAAUUGCUGU